AUGCUCCUGGACUGUCGCACAAACUCGUGGCACAGCGUACCUUCCAUGGGAGUGGCUCGAGCUUCCGCAGCUGCCGGAGUCGUCGACGGGAAGGUUUACGUGUUCGGAGGGUGCGAGGAGACGGAUUCGUCCAAGUGGGCAGAGGUAUUCGACCCAAAGACUCAAACUUGGGACACUUUGGUGCCAAUGCCUGAUCGUGAGGAAGGUGAUAACUUGAUCCGCGAGACCAUGGUGAAGGAUGGCAAGGUUUACGCAGUGAGUCAGAGCAAUGGAAGCUUCUACUACUCGCCGAGGGAAGGCAAAUGGGGAAGAGAGGAGAAGAAGAAGGAGGAGGAGACAGAGAUGGGAAGUGACUGUUCUAGCGUGAGUGUGAGUGUGACGGAUGAGAAACUGUUAUACGGUAGUGAUGGUUUCGGGAAUGUGUUUUGGCGUGAGACAGAGGAAACAGCGUGGAAGGAAGUGAGGGGUUUGAUGACUAAUGGAGGAUUGAGGGGUAUGUUUGGUAAAAUGAAGGCUAUUAUAAAGCAAAGAUACGAAUGUGAAUGUUGCAGGGCAAAGAAGCCUAAGGGGAAGGUGGGCAAUUUUGGUGGCAACAUUGUGGUGUUUUGGCUUGGGGAAACGGAGGAGCUUUGUGCUGAGAUUUCCUUGGAGAGACGAGAGGAGGACGGUGAGGUUUGGGGCACCAUUGAGUGGUCGCAAGUUGUCUCCACACCUGCUCAUCUUCCCUUUCCUGGUCAUGCGCUCAAGCUUUUGUGUUCUGCUUCCGUCCAUGUCUAA